AUGUAUGAAGAUUGUGUUAAAACAAACAGUGAUAGAGAGAUUUACCAACCUGGAUCACCUAGACUGGUAUGAAUUAAUAUUAGAUAGAUUUAAAAUAUUGUUUAGUAUUACCCAUUAAAAAUCAAUUGACUCGACAGGUAAUGAACAUGUAGCAAUAUUACAGUAUACCACCCACACAUACCUACGGUUUUCCUUUUAUAUUGUUAGGGGAAAUAUGCAAAUGGUCGUCUGCAAACGUUUGAAGUUGGCUCGUUGUUGUUGAAAGCUGCUAUUGAGAGAGACAUGGUUGGCAGUCUAGAGGAAAAAUGCCAUUAUUAUCAGGGCUGCAUCUCCAGUAAUAAAGAGCUGAUACGAAUGGGUCAAGGCAUAUCAUAUCAGGAUAAGAAUGGACAAGUAAAGUUAAGGUUGCAGAACUCAUCAGCACUAUCACAAAUAAUCCUUUUUCAUGAAUAGAAGAUCUUGGAUCAACUGGAUGAUCUUUCAUUUUUCUAAAACAGACAGUGGUAAAGAUUCCCUACUUUAUCAAUUUGAAAAAAAUAGAUAUACAGCACCUUUUCCCCCAACAUUUUUUUUAUAGAUGUGUGUUGGUCUAUUUGAUGGUGCAGUGAAAAUGUCGAAUGUCAGCAGGGAUAAUAAAACCAUGGUGCAAGUUAUCUGCUUCAGAAUUUCCACUGAUGACAAUGGAGAUAUUCAAUAUGGUUGCUUUCAAUGUCCAGUCCUUGUAAAGACAACCUAUAAAGAAAUAAUACCAUCAAGUUCUGUGAAGCAGCGCGUCCAUCUUGUGCAUGACUGUUUAUCCAGAGAAUGUGGUUUCGAGGAAUCAAAUCAUGAUGUGGUCGAAGAACGAGAAGUGAUUCAGCAUUAUUCCUUAACCACUACACACAAUUUGACAAACAACCGGUAUCUCUUCAACAGAUUCUUCAUAAGUUGUAACAAUGUUUUCUGA